ACCAUCUCUCUCACACUCUCUCUCUCUCUCUCUCUCCCCCCCUCCCUCUCCCCCCCAUUCUCUCUUUCUCCCUCACAUUCAUUGCUGAAUGCUGAUUUUGCCCCGUAGUUCAUUGCUCAUCUUCCGGAUUUAACCACCAUUGAACAACACCACACAACACAAAGAUUUUCAAAAAAACAAAACGAAAACCUAUUCUCAUAAGUGGAUAAGUCCUCUUAAUCCACUCCAAUAUUCAAGGAAUCCCCUCACAAGACCCUCACAAAGCCUACUCUCCCUUUGGAUAAGAGAGAAAUUCUUCACUAAAUCUCGGCUUAAUCUUUCAACUUAGUCCCCCACUUACUCUCUCCUCAAUCAACAAGCAAUUACACGUUUUAUUGCCUAAUGGUUUCUCUUCAUUUUGCCCUUUCUCCUGAGCUCAACAACCAAACCAGCUUUGACUUGUAUUAGUUAUAGAUAAUACAGUUAAUCAGUGUGUUGCUAACCCUUUUUUUUUUCAACCACACUCGUAUAUUUUACUAAGUUCUUGCACUGUUCAUGGACUGCUUGAGAGAAAUAGAGGGCAAACAAGCUCAUGAUCCUCUUUUUGACAAAAUCAUGAAUAAAUCUUCACGUCGUGUUUUUGUCCCUGGUCCAGUUAUUGUUGGCGCUGGUCCUUCUGGCCUUGCCGUGGCAGCUUGUCUCAAAGAAAAAGGUUUCCCAAGUAUGGUACUAGAGAGAUCUAGUUGUAUAGCAUCUUUGUGGCAGUUAAAGACUUAUGAUCGCCUACGCCUUCACUUACCGAAACAAUUCUGUGAGCUUCCUCUCAUGGGGUUCCCUAGUGAAUUUCCAACUUACCCUACUAAGCAACAAUUUAUUCAUUAUUUAGAGACGUAUGCACGCAAGUUUGAGAUUAGACCACGGUUCAAUGAGACUGUGUCACAUGCCGAAUAUGAUAAAGUUAUUGGGUUUUGGCGCGUGAAGACUGUUGGGAAAAAGUUAGAGGAGACUGAGUACAUGUGCCGGUGGUUGGUGGCGGCGACCGGAGAGAAUGCGGAGGCAGUGGUGCCUGAGAUUGAUGGAAUGGGAGAAUUUGGAGGGGAUAUUCGGCAUACAAGUCAUUACAAAAGUGGAGAGGAGUUUAGAGGCAAAAAGGUUUUGGUGGUGGGGUGUGGGAAUUCAGGAAUGGAAGUUUGUUUGGAUCUCUGCAAUCAUAGCGCUAAGCCUUCACUUGUUGUUAGAGAUACAGUGCAUGUUCUGCCUCGAGAGAUGCUAGGCAAAUCAACUUUCGGGUUGUCCAUGUGGUUGCUCAAGUGGCUGCCCAUGCGCCUUGUCGACCGGUUCCUGCUGAUAGUGUCGAGGCUAAUGCUCGGUGAUACGGCACGAUUGGGAUUGGACCGGCCGGAAAUGGGUCCCCUCGAACUCAAGAACUGGUCCGGGAAGACCCCAGUAUUAGAUGUUGGGACACUGGCCAAGAUCAAAAGUGGAGACGUUAAGGUAUGUCCAGGAAUUAAGAAGUUAAAACGUCAUACCGUUGAGUUUCUUGAUGGGAAAAUGGAGAAUUUUGAUGCUAUUAUUUUAGCAACAGGCUACAAAAGUAAUGUGCCAUCUUGGCUAAAGGAAGGAGACAUGUUCUCGGAGAAAGAUGGUUUUCCUAAAAGACCAUUUCCAAAUGGAUGGAAAGGAGAGUGUGGGCUAUAUGCAGUGGGGUUCACUAAACGUGGAAUAUUAGGAGCUUCAAUGGAUGCUAAAAGAAUAGCUGAAGACAUUGAACGGUGUAGGGAUGAAGAAGCGGCACCGUAUGAUCAUCAUCAUCGCAAGCAGCAGGACCACCACCUUUCAUCAGAACCUGUAUGUGCACAUUCAGAAGUCCUCAGAAUCCUAUUAAAUAUAUUGCUUCAUUUUAUAAUUCCACUACAGGCAGGCUGGUGUAUACACUUCAAUGUCCAAUCUGGCUCUCAAAUUAGUACCGUCUAAAUUAAUAUUAGAGAUAUUGCUUAAUUUUACACAA